AUGUCUAUCCCAAAGCAAGCAGUUACUAGCACCAAUGCGCCCGCGCCUCCUCCUUUCCUCUCGCAGGCCAUUGUGAUGGGCGACUUCAUUUUUUGCUCUGGUCAAGUUGGCGUGAACCCGCAAACAAAGGCGAUGGUAGAAGGCCCGACCGGUGCUCGAGCGAAACAAAUCCUCGACAACCUUCGUGCUGUUUUGGAGGCUGCUGGUACAAGCUUGGACAAUGUUGUCAAGUGCAAUAUCUUCCUUACUAGUAUGGAUGACUUCAAUGCAGUCAACGAAGUAUACGCGGCAACUUUCAAGAGUCCAAUGCCGGCGCGCACUUGCGUUUGUGUGAAGGAGUUGCCACUGGGAACCGAUGUUGAGAUCGAAUGCAUCGCAGGUGUGAAGAAGGGAAGCCAGCCAAUGCUUUAA